AUGGCGUUCUUUGGCUUCGAUACCACCCUACCCAGGGACCGCGAUGGUUCCGGGCCUAGGGGGUUCUUCGAAACCCCAGAUCCCUUCGCGCAAGUCGCUCAAGCUAGUGCGCUCGAUGAUGACGCGAUUGACUUCGAGGAUACCUACGAUGGUCUCGGCGACCAGCUCGACGAUGACCAGGACGAGUUCAACGAUGACACGUUCGGUGGACCUGGGCCCGAAUCAUCCGGAAGAGACUUCGAUUUCUUUGGAAAGACCGCUCAGGUUUCGGAUGCAAUUGGCGAGGAGCAGGUUCGCUACAGCCUGCAGAAUCCCAAUGCUCCCCGGGUCGCUCAGCCCGUGGCCCAACCCGUCCAGCCGGCCCCCCAGGCCAAGCGCUCCGGUUAUGAAAAGUACUCGGAACCCGGAUAUAUCCCUGACUUGCAAGCUAAGUCCAGUGUCUGGGGAGUGUCGCAGAAGAAGACCGAGCCAAUCCCGGCCAGUCGGAAAAUGCUGAGCUUGGAGGAGGUGGAAGCGCAGAUGCGCCACAGCAGUAAUGCAGGAGCACCGGCAGGAGAUGCAUUCCUUCGAUCUAUGGUCGAGCCCCAGUUUCACCCACAGUCUCAGCACCUCCAGGCAAUUCCCGAUGGAUAUCCCCCAGUCCACCCAGAGUUCUUGCAAGCGCAGCUGAGACAAGGUCACCUCCCCCAGAUGGCCCACCCUCCACCGGGUAUGCCAGAGCUCUAUGGUGGGCCUGGGAUUAUGCCCCCCGGUGGCCCAAUUCAUUUGCCACAGAACAUUAAUGCUCCCCCGCAAAACCUGCCCCCUGCUGGCCCGCGCCACGCCGGCCCUCCUCAGGUCCAACGCCCUCCCCAGCACCAGCAGCUGCCGCCAAACCGGGUUUCCAGCAAUGGAAUGCCCGUCAUCACCGACCCACAGCAGCUUGCCAACCUCACCCCCGAACAGCGCAACGCUUAUCUGAUGGAGGAUGCCAAGCGGGCGAAGCGCAACCACAAGAUCUUCCUUCUGUCCCGCGGCAAUGGCUUGAUGACACCCCAGGACAAGAACUUCAUUACUCGUAUUCAAUUACAGCAGCUCGUGGCAGCCGCUGGGAGUAUAGCGGAUUCGGAUCCAGAAGCCGUACUGGCCGAAGAUUUCUAUUAUCAGGUCUGUAGCCAGAUUCGUGGCGCACCGCGCCAGCACCCUCACCAGCCGUUGGGACACUUUGCGCAGACCUACCUUCUCCAAACAGGAAACCGGCUCGGCGGGCAUCGCCGGGGCAACUUCCAAAGUGCCGAUAACCACAUGCAGCGCAUGCAGCAACAGGUUCAGCGGGCCGUGGAGGCGGCUAAAGCCAAGCCCAAAAACAAGCAGCUUAUCAUUGAAGGCAGCCUGGGCAAGAUUGCAUUCAGCAAUGCUAAGGCUCCCAAGCCGAUGUUGAACAUCAAGCGCCCGGACAGUGCCGAUGGGCCGAAGCCGAAGAAGCUUCAGUCUAAUCUCAGCCUAAGUGACCGGAAGUCGAUUCUUACCAACGUUGAGAAUGUGUACAGUGCAUUGAUGGCAAUGGAAGAUAUGGAACGGACGAUGCCCCCACCUCCGGAGGAGGGCGACGCCGAGGCCAUCCAAGAACAUAUGGAAUGGCGACAGAAACUUCACACUCUUAACCAAAAGUUGUGGCGCUCCCUCAAAGUGAUGGAGCCCAUUGUUCCCAACUCGACCACCCCCCACCCCUUCAUCGCAUUCCUGUCCUACCCUAAGGGCAAGAAGGCUAUCCCCCGCAUCUUCCGCCACAUCGACCAGGAGCAGCGCGUUACCAUCCUCACCAUGAUCGUCGUUCAUCUCGACAGCCUGGAUGUCGUUCGUCUUGCCCAGCCCGUGCCGGGUGAGGCUCAACCAUCUCUUGGCAUGCGCGAGGCUAUUGACCUGUUCUCUCUGGCUGUCAUGCCCUGUCUGUUGGGCUACGUGAACGAGGCGCCAUUCAACAUCAUCAUUGGUCUCUUGGGAUUGGUCAUCAACCAGACCCAUGUGCAGACCGUGGCCCGGACGAAGGUCGGUCUGGGCAUUUUGACCAUGCUGCUCAGCCGUGCCGAGAUCGUCAAGGAGGCUGGCCAAGCUUCCGAGCACGAUUGGCAGCAGUGGGUGGAGAAGUUUAACGUUCUCUUUGAUACUUUGGAACCUGGCUUGAACGAUACCUUCCCCGGCACUAUUAGCUCCGGUGAUGAUAUGUAUGUGUGGCAGUUCCUGGCGGCUGUCGGAAUUGGUGCCAGCCCCGAACAGCAACAGCGCCUGGUCAUUGCGGUGAAGGAUCGCGUGAUGGAAACUGUGGGCUACAGCAAGACCCUCCCUGCCGACAUGGGCAGCCAACGUUUGAGUAAUGUCAACCUGUUCAUGCGGGCCAUUGGUCUGGACGUUGAACUCCUCGGUUAA